AUGGCAGUUAAUGAUGAUGAUGUACUGGCGGCAAAUGAGAAUGUCAACGACAAUUCCUCCCUGAGCCAUCAAAGUCUCGCUUCAUCGACAACAAGCGUAGCCAGCUCAAUUCUCGAGUACCGCAUCGAGAACGGCCGGACGUAUCACAAAUACAAAGACGGAAGUAAGCUCUCGGACGCAACUACUUUCAUGCUGCAGCAUCACUCACAAGACAAGAGUACAAUCUGCCCAACGACGAUAAAGAAAUCGAUCGACUCGCACAACCUUUUCAUCCGGACCUUCGACGACAGACUAGGAACCGCACCACCCAACCUACGAGACUCCAACGUCAGGAGGGUCUUGGACGUGGGCACCGGUUCGGGUAUUUGGGCAAUCGACUUUGGUGAUGAGCAUCCCGAUGCCGAGGCAAGUUGUAGACUGGGUCACGGAACGAGUGUGCCGCCAAAUGUGCAGUUCCAGGUCGAAGAUAUCGAAGAGGACUGGCACUUCUCGCUGCCCUUUGACUACAUCCACAGCCGAAUGAUGACGGGUAGCAUCGCAGACUGGAAGAUCUAUCUCCGCCGUUGCUUCGACAACCUCAACCCAGGAGGUUACCUCGAACUCAACGACAUUGAUGCAAUCCCCCUCUCCGAUGACGGCACCCUCACCGAGGAAUGCACCCUUAAGAAGAGCUUCAGCCUCUGGUCCGAAGCUAUCGCAACCCUCGGGUCCCCGUUUGAGAAGUUUAACCGCCUAGAAGGCGUCCUGGCCGAGGUCGGGUUCGAGGACGUUCGCGUUGAGCGGUUCAAGUGGCCGACGAAUAGCUGGCCAAAAGACCCUAAGUUCAGGGAGUUGGGGAUCUGGAAUCAUGAAAAUAUUGCGCCACACUUGGAGGGCAUGUUCAUGGCUGGGAUUACCCGCGGAUUGAACUGGACCGAGCAGGAAGUUCACGAACUUGCUGUCAAGGCGCGAAAGGGCUUUGAUGAUACGAGCAUACAUGCUUACUUCCAGAUUCAUACCAUGCAAACACCGAAUGAUGAACAUCUGGCGGCUGACGAGACUGACACCGAUGGCUCAUCGGUGAGCAAUGCAAGCCUGGCUUCGUCUACAACGAGUGUGACCAGUUCUAUUCUGGAAUAUCGCAUUGAAAAUGGGCGAACCUACCACAAGUAUAAGGACGGCAAGUACGCCGCCCCUAACGACGAGAGGGAAAGUGAUCGCCUUGACCUUCAACACAAUUUAUUCAUCCGGACGUUUGAUGAUCGACUCGGUAGUGCGCCACCAAACGAUCGAGACGCAAAGGUCGGCAGAGUGCUCGACAUCGGCACCGGAUCCGGAAUCUGGGCCAUUGACUUUGGCGACGAACACCCAGAAUCCGAGGCAGGAGGACCUAUCUCAUCAGUAUCAGUAAGAGAAUCCACACAAGCUAAUUUCCUUUACAGCGUGCCACCGAAUGUGCAGUUCGAAAUCGACGACGUCGAGGAGCCGUGGCUGUUCUCGAGGCCUUUCGAUUACAUCCAUAGUCGCAUGAUGACGGGCAGCAUCAGAAACUGGAGACAAUUCCUCCAGAACUGCUUCGAUAACCUCAACCCCGGCGGCUACCUUGAGCUCAACGACAUCGACGCCGUACCCGUCUCAGACGACGGGACCCUCACGGAGGAUACCUCGCUGAUGAAAAGCGUUCGUCUCUGCUGCGAAGCGAUCGCCAAGUUAGGGGUCCCCUACGAGCAUUUCAGCCGUUUCGAGGGCGUUCUCAAGGAGAUUGGCUUCGAGGACGUGCACAUCCAGCGAUUCAAAUGGCCCACCAACAGUUGGCCCAAGGAUAAGAAGCACAAGGAGAUUGGGAUCUGGAACUACGAGAACUUUGCUCCUAAUUGGGAGGGCUUUCUUAUGGCGCCGCUGACCCGAGCUCUCGACUGGACGAAAGAAGAGGUCAUUAUACUCGCCAUGGAGGCUCGGAAAGACUUUGCGAACAGGAACAUUCAUGCUUACUAUAACAUGUGGGGUAUUCUUACUAUCCGGCUUAUCAUUGAGCUAACUUGA